AUGGUCCGUCAUAAAAAGGACAACUUCUCGCGUGGAGGCAAGAAAUCCUCCAACCCCCGCCCCCGACCGGUGCCCCGCGGCGAUGGCGAUGACGCUGCGCCCUCUUCGCGACCGGCAUUCAGAGCCGCCUGUUGGGACAUGGGACACUGUGACCCGAAGCGAUGCUCUGGAAAGCGCUUGAUGAAGUUGGGAUUGAUGCGCGAGCUUCAUAUUGGCCAACGAUUCCCUGGCGUGAUCGUUUCGCCCAAUGCGAAGAAAGUUGUAUCUCCUGCCGACCGCGAGCUGAUGGAACAACAUGGUGCUGCAGUGGUUGAAUGCUCCUGGGUGCGAGUCAAGGAGGUGCCUUGGUCACGAAUUGGUGGGAAAUGCGAGCGCCUGCUGCCAUACCUGAUUGCUGCGAAUACGGUCAACUACGGCAAGCCCUGGAGAUUGAAUUGUGUCGAAGCGCUGGCUGCUUGCUUCUACAUUUGCGGACACCCGGAGUGGGCAAAGGAAGUCUUGAAGAAUUUUAGAUACGGUGAAGCAUUCUUGGAGAUCAACUCUGAACUCCUUGAUCGUUACGCUGCCUGUCAGACUGAAGAAGAUGUGAAGCGAACGGAGGAGGAGUGGCUGGUCAAGAUUGAACAAGAGUACGAGGACAGCCGCGUAGAGGGAGCAGACGACAUUUGGACUGUUGGAAAUACCAAUCGACACCCCGCAAACCAAGAGUCGGGCGAUGAGGAUGAGGAUGACGAUGACAAAAGUGGAGAGGAUGAUAGUGAGGCCGAAGAAGAGAGCGAAGACGAGGAAGACAAAGACCCGUUUGCAAUCUCAGACGAUUCCGAAGACGAAGAACAAAUGGCCGAGAUACGACGCAAGAUCCUGGAGUCCAAAUCAUUCCAAAACCCUUCCGCAUCAGACAGGGACCAACCGGAGAAGAUUGCACGGCCAGAACAGCCUGUGUAUGUCGAUUCAGAUGCCGAGUCUGGCUCUGCUGGAAGCGAGGACGAAGAUUUUGACAACAUCAUCAACGCAACUACGGUCACAGAUCGCACAGGCAUUAAGGAGAUACAGCAACGGCGGGGCAAGGAGACUGUCAGUGCCUCAUUUUCGCGGACGGAGAUUUCUGCACCAAAGAGAUGGUGA